AUGGCCGCAGACGAGCCAGCCGCAGACAAGGGCCCCUCCAACCCUGAACUCGACAUCAAGAAGCUCCACGCGCUCCCUUCGGAGCAGCAAGACCUGUACUUGCUGACCUUCAGUUCCGACCUCGCCCGCCAUGUAGCUGCCUUAGAUGGCGACGGUGCCUCGGCGCAUCAGAUCUACAUCAAGAAGGAGAUAUUCCAGAUCAUCAACCUCGCAUCCCCCGCCCCCACACGCGUAAUCCGAAACAACCUGGGACGAGCCAUUGCUGGUAUAUUCGAGAAGGGAGACCGGAAGUUACUCUUCGAGUCGAUCAAUGAGGCAGUCGGCAUAAUCAAUGCGGCGGGAAAGAGCGACAAGGACGUCAGGACGAAGCACGCGGCUGUGCAUUGCUUGGGCGCCAUCUUCGAGGCGGCAGGAGACAGCGCUAUAGGCCUAUCACCACUCGCAGUCAAGUCGCUGCUGGGUCUCGUCAAGUUUUCGCAAAACUACACUGGACUGCGAGCGGCAGUGUUCAAGGCUGUAGGGAAGGUCUUCAAAGGGGUUAGCUCACACGCCGAUGAGCUUAUCGCAAGAGAUGCUUGGAAGCAGGCACGCAAUGCUGGUAGCGACAAGUCCUAUCUCGUACAGACAGCUGUUUGCUACUGUCUCGAACAACUGCUCCGACACACACCUUUCUUCGACAACUCCAAUGACUUCGACAAGCUGCAAAACGUGGCCUGGAAGGCCAUCGACAGUCCUUCAUCGUCUGUGAGACAUGCUGUUGCUUCGUGCAUCAGCGCGGCCUUGGUAAAGAACUAUUCUGAAAACGCGCCAGUCGACCUUCCGAUCCUUGGUAUCACCCGUUCAUCGACUGCGCAGAAGAAGAAAAAGAAGAAACCUGGCGACGAUGAUGGCGAUGACAUGGUUAUGGAGCGCUCUGAAUCUCCAGCGCCUAGAAAGUCGGCUACACAGCUCUCAUUCACAAUAGCAAGUCUGCUCAAACUGCUUUCAACACAAUACUGCCGACCCCAGGCUGGUAACCGCGCAAGAGCUGGAAUCGCUGUGUGCUACAUCAAGACCAUCAAGGGCCUAGGCGAGCAGAUCAUCGAGACUAAAUACCCAGAGAUUGCGCGAAGUUUAUUCACCGAUCUUCUCAGCAACAACGUCAUCGUCCAGAACCGCUACCGCACACUUAGUACGAGGAAGUUUGUCGCCGUCAUCUUGGAAUCAGUCAUCGGCCGCGAAAUGCUUGGAGAAUCUGGUCAGCUCAAUGCUGCAAGGUUCUUGGUCAAUGAGAUUCUGAAGGACUACCCCCAAGCGCUCAAAGAACGUCCAGAGCCGACGAAACAGACCCUCAUUGGGGCUCUGAGUACCCUAUCCUCGCUGUUCAACAGUUUAGGAUCGGCCACCAACGUUAUUGCCGAUUCCUGCCGCGAUGCACUCCUUCAGGUUUUGCAGCAUCCCAGUUAUACAGUUCAGGUAACAGCCUCAGCCUGUCUUCGCUCGUUCGUACUUGCGUGUCCUCUUCAGUUACUUCCAGCGGUCACCAUAUGCAUGAACAGCGUCAAUCGAGAGCUUGGCCUCCUUGCUGGACCAAGACAAUCACCUAGGAAGUGUGUCGGUUUGGCCAACGGCCUUUCUGCCGUACUCAGCACAUCUACGUCUCAACCACUCCAUGGAUCUGUGGAUGUCAACUCAAGAGUACUAUCACAGGCCACUUCUCUGCUCAAGUCUGCAAGCAAUUCAGAUCUGAGAAUUGGAUCUACCCAAAUACAAGUUGCUUGGAUCUUGAUUGGAGGUUUGAUGACUCUCGGUCCCAACUUUGUCAAGAUACAUCUGUCACAGUUACUUCUCUUGUGGAAAAACGCACUCCCCAAACCGCUGAAUAGAGAUAACAUGGUGCAAAGGAACUACCUAGAAUUGUGUUUCCUGGCACAUGUUCGGGAGUGUGCACUAGGUUCCAUCUUGACAUUUCUGGAGUUCAACAGCCGUAUAUUGACACUGGAUGUUACCAAGAGAUUAGCCGCGAUGUUGCAGAACACAACCAUGUUCUUGAACACUUUGCCGGCUAAAAAGACAACUGACGAUAUGUCUCAACGUCUUUCCCCCGCGCUUCAGCUCCACGACUUCGACCUGAUGGUACGGAGGAGGGUACUCCAAUGUUACACCAGACUUGUUGAACUGAGUCCGGCCAGCACCCACGAGGUCCUGCUCCAGACAAAUCUGCUACCUUUCGCUAUUGCGUCCUUUGCAGAGCCCGACAACUACACCACGAGCUCUUUCAGUACUGCAAUUGCCAGUGCAGCAGGAACUUUUGAGAGCAUUUGGGAGGUGGCGGAUAACCAUGGCUUUGGAGUCACUGGAUUGGUGCGGGGAUUCGACAUCAAGCCUCUUCCUGGAGAGCAAGAAACUGGUACCCAUCAUCACUGGCUCACGAGGCAUGGAUCUGAGGCCAUUAUUGAUCGCACACUUCUUUCGCCUAUCUGCGGGGCUCGCGAACACGAUUCGAUAUCCUUGUAUAUCAGGACAUCGGACGAGAACCACGAGCUCCCUGACCCACCAGCUACGGAAGUUGUCAACGCAGCACUUCAGCUAUUCGCCAUAUGUCUCCCAUUACAAACAGCUAGGAUUCAGGAAAGUAUCCUAGAGCAGAUGACAUCCUUCUUAUCGGCUAGUAGCCUGCAGCGUGAUAUUAACAGAAAGACGGCUAUGAUGGUCAAUAUUGCAUAUGCUGUGUUAUCUGCUUUGAAAGUUGCAGUCAAGGAAACUCGCUCGGCUCCUGGCAGCCUCAAGGGACCCGCGGUCGAAAAGGUGAUGCAAGAUCUGUUGCACCUCUUUGUCAUCCUUCCUGACCCGUUCAUACGGAACCUUGCCGGUGAAGCGUUGGGACGCUUGUGCAAUAGCUCCGGAAAUGCUCUUACGACCACAGAAGUCAACUACCUGGUCGAUCAGAUUGUUGCUAACCGUGAACCUAAUGCUCGAUCCGGUUAUGCCGUCGCUCUUGGAUGUAUCCACUCUCAGCUCGGUGGCAUGGCUGCUGGCUUCCACCUCAAGAACAUUCUCGGAAUACUGAUGUCACUGGGCAACGAUCCACAUCCAGUCGUGCACUUCUGGGCCAUCGACAGCCUAUCAAGAGUAGCUGACUCCGCUGGACUCUCUUUCUCCAGUUAUGUCACCAGUACACUUGGUAUGCUGGCACAACUAUAUGCUGCAGAUACACACAACGACGAGUCGGCGCCCCUCGCAUCUUCGAAUAUAGAGAUCGAUAUCCCCUCCCCCGCCGUCAUUGCGCGAUGCGUUGAUAGCACUAUCAACGUACUCGGACCGGACCUGCAGGAUGUUGCAAAAGCACGAGACCUUAUCAUGACCCUCGUAAACUUGUUCCAGGGUGAUGCGGACGAAUUGGUUGUGAUUGAGAGUUUGCGUUGCCAGGAACACAUCUCGCUGUAUGCGCCAGGUCACAUGGAGUUCUCAGCUUACGUCAAACAACUGCAGCGGUCUGUCGAGAGCAGUUCUGCACAGAUCAGAGACAUGGCUAUCGAUGGAUUGCACAACCUCAUGCGACGCAACACGGAAGAAGUCAUUCGCGCUGCUGACCCUGGCCUCGAAGACCAGCUGUGGCACGUGCUCGAUCGUGAUUCGGAGCACGAAGUGGUGCGCAACAUCAUCCGCAACUGGCUGCACCAAACAGGGUUAUCAGACACUGCGACUUGGGUACAACGCUGUCACUCAGUGCUUACCAAAACGAAAAAGGUCGAGACGCAAGACAAGAUCGAAGUAAAGCCAAAAGCAGGAGCGACGGAUCUGCAGGACGAGGAAGUCGCUGGCUUCGCAUCGGCAUCUAACGCCCCCGGAGCUGAAGCUGGAGAUGGCGCACAAGUCAGUCAGGAACUACUAAAAUGGCAAGUCCGUACUUUCGGUAUGGAUUGCUUGAGCGAGCUUGUGGCAAUGGUGAGCAAAGAGGCUACAUUCCGAGAGGAAUCGCCUUGCGUUAUGGCAUUACAGCAGAGGAUCGCUGAUGUCGUGCGUAUCGCUUUCUCUGCAUCUACAGCCGGUGUGGUGCAGCUGAGGAUCCGCGGUCUGAAGAUUAUCGAUCAAGUACUCAAGCUGUUUGGCAAAACACCUGACCCCGAUUUCGCUGAAGUCACUCUGCUUGAGCAGUACCAGGCUCAAAUUGGUUCAGCUCUCACGCCAGCCUUCGCAGCAGACUCAUCGCCCGAACUCGCAGCUGAAGCUGUUAACGUUUGCGCUACGUUCAUCGCUACCGGUAUCGUAACCGAUGUAGAUAGAAUGGGUCGUAUCCUCAAGCUGCUUGUCUCAGCGCUUGAGAACUUCUCUAGCGAAUCAGAAACUGCAGCUAUCGGCGAUCUCAAGGGUCUCAGUUCCAAUGCACAAGUCAUGGUUAAGAUGGCGGUCUUCUCCGCCUGGGCUGAGCUACAGAUUGCGAGCGCUGAGCAGAGCUAUUUGGUGGAUGUAUUGAAGCCACAUAUUGCGAAACUAACUCCUCUCUGGCUGGCAUCGCUACGAGAGUAUGCCCGUCUGAGGUUCGAGCCUGACAUCUCCUCUUCCAUGGGCUCUGCCUCGCUGUCUGGAAGUCUCGACACGAUCUAUGCAGCGCUUAACCGCGAGACACUAUUGAAGUUUUACCAAGAUACCUGGCUAAACCUGGUAGACGCCAUCGCCAGCCUUAUCGACGAAGACAGCGAGUUUGUCUUCGACGCCUUAGAUGGCAAAACCGAACUGUCCGAAACUGCGCCUAAUGGAAAGUCUGGUCACAUCAAUUACCGCGACGAGCCCGUCGCCUUCUUCUUUGUGCUCUUUGGACUCGCCUUUGAAGCAUUAGCGGGUCGUCCAGGUGACCUGCAGGCUUCCAAGGAGCAGAUAUUGGAGAUUCUCCAGGCACUGAAGAAGAUCCUACGACCGUCAGUAUCCGGUCAUGCAAUCUACAGGGAAGUUAUCUUCUCGGAAACUAUGGAUAUGCUCGAUCGCUUGGUGCUCACCGAGGGUUUGACAGUUCAGACGGUCAUUGUUGAGAUUACACGGAAUUUGUGCCUUGGCCAUCCAUCUGCGCGGAGAGACCAGGGAGCUGCCGCUGCUGAUGAGCAUCUUUCUGAAGAUAUUGAUCAGCUGUUCGAAUUGACCAAGAUUAUGGUACUGGUACUGUCCGGACUAGUACCUGGGUUAGAAGAUAGCAAAGCAAAAGCACGCCACGAGAUGAAUGAGGAGGCAGUCGCUCUGCUGACAACUGCCCUAUCCGCGCUCGUGGACGCCGCGCAAGUUUUCCCGUCGAUCAUCAAAGCCGACCUCCACGCUUGCAUCCUUCACAUCUUUGCAACUAUACUAAGCACCGGAGCAUGUCAAACAACAGUCGUUCCGCAAGCACUCCCGAUUUUCAAGCGCUUCAUCACCAGCCUUGCGCCACAUGCCGAAGGUACGGACGAUACUAGCAAGCAACUUCGUGCAACAUUAGCGCGCUUCCUUGCAAUUUUGAGAUACGCGCAACAACGCGAGUUUGAUGCCGCCCUUGCAUGCGAGAAGAAUACGAUUCUUGCGACUACAAUCUUACUGAGCUCUGUAGCCUCUGCGUUUUCGCCCGACGACCCACUCGUCAAGCGCUUCAUUGAUGACCUGUUCGACUGUCUCGGCACCGUAACAACAAGCAAGGUAGCAGCAGGUUGCUGUCGCUCACUCCUCCUUUUACCCAAGAAGGGUGCUCUCGAGACAAGCAUCGCAAAGCUUAUACUUCCACCGACCCUUUCGUUCAUCGCAUCACCAUCUGAUGUUGAGGGCCUCGACGAUUCACGUACAACUCUCGCACAGACUCUUGUCACAUUCAUCUCCACAUUGCCCCAACCAUCACAGCGACAGACUGCAACUAAGAUUAUAAUACCUGCUUUGCUAGCACGAGCGCGGAAGGAGCCCAAGGCUAGCCAGGAAACUGCGGCGCGGUUGCUGGAAAUCGCUAGUGCGGAUCAACAAGCAUUCAGGGGUGUGGUGACUGGAUUAGACACCGAGCAGAGAAGUUUCAUGGAAAGUGUAUUGAAGAGUGGGCAAGGGCCGAGAAGGCAGGAGGCGAGUAGGGAGGAUGAUGGCAUGCCGAAGAUUGCGCUCAAGAUGGACUUUGGCUCGUAA